AUGAUGCUGCAUAGCAGUUUCAUCGCGAGGACUGCUAGGUACUCGUGUUUCUUGCUCGCGCGAUUUCGUCUACCGUUUACAGUAGUCGCGAAGAGGAAUACGGGAGCGGUGGUUAGCAAACAAGACAAACAAUUGGGGCAUGAUAAGUCGAUUUUGGAAAAGGUUCUCCUGGCGGAACCUCAGAGUGCUUCGCAAAAAGCAAUAAUUACAACUUUACAUGUUAGUGGAGUGCUCUGCGUGAGAUGUAUUCAUACUUCAGUGAAAGAAAAAGCAACGAAUGCGUAUCUCUACACCGCAUAUUUAUUGUCACUGGUUGUUAUGGGUGGUAUGGCAUACUUACUGUAUGAAGAGAUUCUAGCUCCAGGAGCACCGCAGACAGUAUUUUCUAAGGCCUUAUCUUUGAUCAAAAAGGAUCCUGAAUGUUGCAGGUUACUAGGUGAUUCGAUUGUUGGUUAUGUGGAAGGACGAGGAAGGAUAAAACAAGUUGCCCAUCAUAGUUACAAGAAGAAUGAAAAUGACAGAGUUCGUGUAAUGUUUAACGUAAAGGGUAACCGAUGUCAAGGCAUAGUAACAGCUGAAAUGGAAAAGAAUGGCGGCAAAUGGAAUUGGCGUUUCCUGGUCGUUACUGUUUCCAAUUCUACAUCAGAUAACAUCAUUGUAGUAGACAAUCGCUGA